CUCAACAUGGCAACGAAUUCACAUGACCUGGAAGUGGAAAAGAAGUACCUGGCGGAUAUAGAACGUGCAAAGGCGCUUAGCCUUGAAACGCUCGAGCUGGAGAAGAUACGGGCGAAACAGCGCCAAAUGACACCGGAGCUGGCCAGCAAUCCGAAAGCCGUCUCGCAAACGCUUGAAGAGUAUCGGGCGUAUCUGCAGCGUCGUGUCGCUUGCGGUACUGGCAAAGUUCCAACGGCAACGUCCGGCAGCAGCUUGGAACCACCGCCCGGUACAGCGUCGGGCCCGGUACGACGGCACAGUGAUUGUCGCAAUCCGGGCAUACAGGGGCCGGUGUCGGGCAGUAAUGGACAGGAUGAGGCAGAUUUAAUAUCAUUCCAAGCCGUUCCGAAACCACCAGAUCCGAAGGAAGAAGCACGAAACAGUCUGAAGGAGCUGGUCGAACAGAUGCAUCGUCUGCAAACCCAACCUUCCGCCGCUGGUCAGUACACAGAGCAAGGCUUUAAAACACAGCGCAGUCUUAGUAUGUCUGCUGCAAGUUAUGGGUUCCAGCAUGCACCAUAUCAACCUGCCGUAAUGCCACAGCAAACUGUUCCACAGCAGCUCCAGGGACCGUACAAUGCCACUUCGAUGCAGCUGGUACCGUACAAUAGUCAAGCCUCGAAACCGAAACCUCUCACACCGGAGGAACUUCACCGGCUGUACAAUAGUCCACCGUUGUAUGCCGUCGCAACGGCCGGAGGACCUGCAGCAAUGGUCGCACCACCAGUUUACCCAGGACCAGGUGUUCCAGCUCCUUCCCUGUACCCUGGAAUGCCCACGUACGGCACGGUUCCGGUGGCUAAUUAUGGCCCAGCGACGUCACUACCUCAAGCGGCACCACCUGUUGCACCGGUCCAGUACGGUGGCACACCCGGCACACCACUGUAUCCUUCGUUGCAAACUGCCGGAAUGAAUGGUACGGCAACACCAUCCAUUACUAAUCCGGAAACGGCUCUGGUGCACGUACCCAAACUAGCCACAACGGGACGCUCGUACUCCCAACCACAAAGCGUCAUCGCGAAUGCUCUCAAGCGUCAGUCAUCCCCGGCAAGGGAACCGACACCAUCAACCAGUGGUGUUGUGCUGCGGCCAAAAAGUGAUCCAACCGCAGCAUCACAGCAACGUUUAGGUGCCAAGGGUAUCGAUCUGAUCGAUCUAGGAUUUGAAGACAAUCCACGGGUGUCCGUGUUGGAAGCGUUCGAUCCGCUGCUGUGUGGGAAUCGAUCAUCCAGUGGUAGCAGUGCGGAUGAUGAUAAAGAUGACACGGCCUCAACGUACUAUGAAGAUUACGAUCCGUUUGAUUACAUCUACACCGGUGGGACGCAGUAUUCCGAUCCGGUGUACGAAGCUGUCGUGAAUCGAUCACUUUCGGACAAAACAGCCACACCUCUAUCACCACCAGCUUCGCUGUACGGCGCCAUUGGUGUUAUUCCAGCCGGCACGCCAAGUGGUUCACUGUCCGGAAGUUGUUCGUACGGUUGGGUUACGGCACCAGUAGAAGCAUCCACUUCAUCCCCAGUGGGCCUCGAAGAUGGCGAACCUCCACCAUUGCCACCACGCAAUUCAGCCGGCGGCUACUGCCACACGAUGCUCCGCGGUGUCCCUGCUGGUCAGCCGGACGACCAAUCAAACUAUGAAAUCAUGCAACGGAAGCUGGCUCCGGCAAGUGGCGUCGAACGGCGCACUACACCCUACAAGCUUUACGAGAAUGUGGUAAUAGCGAAGAGCUACGAUAAGGAAUUGAUUGCGUUCUACAAUAUGGUGAAGCAGCUAAGAGCGCAAUAUCGAAGCGAUGAUCAUACGACAAACGUGGGACAUAUCGUUGCGGCCGAGUUCGAAAGCCGUUACGUGGAGGGAACGAGCAUCAAGCUGUUGGUACAUCCGGCACUCGAUUGCUUUGCUGGUGGUGAUCAAACGAAGGGGCAAAUUGAUGGCUAUGGACCACCGAUACCAUUUACCUGUGAUAUUACGACAACGGUGGAACAUGUGAUUGCCCAGGUGUACUGUGCGCUUGAGGGCCAAAUCCGCAACACGGUAAGCGAUUACGCGCUGAAAGCGAUCGGCAUCCAAGAAAUCCUGUGCGUCCGGUCACGCCUCAACCAGUUACAGUGUGUCCACGACAGCAUCAAACUCGAACACGACGUACAGCUAGGAUUUAUACCGAAAACGGCACGCACGAUGAAAGUGAUCGCCCGCACGGCACAGGACGAUACGAACGAAGCGGAGAUGCGGUUGGAGCAUCUACUGCCCAAAGAAACGGCCAAUGCGAUCGGCUACGAUGAUCUUAUGAUACUGCUAGAAACGCUCGAAGCGGAAAUUGAUAAACUACAGUCAUCGGCGGAUGAUGGUCCCUCUGGACGGACGAUCCUCAGCUGUUCCGGUGUGAUACAGGCGGUUAAAGCGAUCUGUAAUCUGCUAGGGCCACUGGAUACGCUGGAGAUUGCAAAAUCGAUUGAGGAUUUGAGGACUUGCUGUGAUCAUGGACAAACCGUUUACAGCUAUCGGGAUAGUGUGAUGGAAGAGCAGACUUACAACAAUGGUAGUUUGGCGAUCGUGUCCGAAAGUGGGGAUUAUGCGGAAGUGAAGCUAAGACCGCGUACCAUCCCGGAACAGAUUCGCUACCGGUGUAACGAGGUACGGCACGCCAUUCAGAGUCUGCUGGAGAUCUACGCGCAAGCGUUCCGGGUUAACUUUAGCGUGAAUGUGCCGGAGUACAAUGUGAAUCCGAUCUCGAUCUGUAACAUCUCGCAAGCUGUAAUGGUGAACGUGUCCUGUCUGCAUCGGCCACCGAUGCACUGGCGGCACGAUGAGUACAAUCUUGGUGUGCAGAUCUAUCACGGAGCAAGAUACAUUAGUGAACCGUACGUGGUGCAGUGUUCGAAUGAGCUUUCCGGCAUAUAUCCGCGACUUACGUUUAAUUCGUGGAUAAUGUUCCGCAAUCCGGUGUGUACGUUACCUCGCGAGGCUCGUCUAGUGUUGGUGCUGUAUGGGUGUAUUCGCGAACCGGUUGAUGGUGGUGGAAGUGAUGGAGGAACGUCGGCAAACGCAGGGAAUGCAGCAGGGGGGGUUGGUGAUUCUUCCGGUCCCGAAGGACGCAUGACAAAAGUUGAACUUGGAUGGAGUUCUUUGCAGUUCUUCGACUUUGAGCGUAAAAUGGUCCAAGGCUCGUAUCUACUACCGAUGUGGCCACCAACAACGGACAAAUUCUUCGGACCAGCACCAUCGAAAGGCACGUACCCGAUAGGAGGCAGCUAUCCGAUUCUUGGGAUUGAAAUUCCCAGCUACGGUGGAGCAGUUGUGUUUCCGGAACCGAUACGAAACUUACCUCCGGUAGUUCAGCUAGACUUCGGCAGUCUGGAUCGCAACCUGCAGCAGGAGCUUAUAGAUACAGCUGAACAGGGUUAUUCGCCAGAUAAGCUGGAAAAGCGUGAAGUUCUUUGGGAAAAGCGUCACUAUCUUCAUCGAUUCCCGCACGCGCUGCCGAAGAUAUUGCACGCAGCGCACAGCUGGGAUUAUGCAUGUCUGGCUGAUCUUCACGCGCUCAUAAAAUCCUGGACAGUAUUAAGUCCCGUUCAGGCACUUGAACUGCUAUUGCCUCGCUAUCCCGAUUUGGAAGUUCGUCGUCAAGCCGUGGAAUGGAUCUCAGCAAUGGCGAAUGACGAGUUCGUGGACUACUUGCCACAGUUGCUGCAGGCUCUGAAACACGACACGUACGAAGGAUCUCCGCUGGCCAUGUUGCUUCUGAGGAAAUCGCUCGAAUCGCCAAGGAUUGCACAUCAUCUGUACUGGUUGCUGCUGCACAGCCUUCCUGGAGAAGCUCCCCAGAACAUGAUCGAUGCCCAGGAGACAGCUUGUGAUGAAGUGCUUAUGAACCAGGCGCGCUAUCACAGACGCAAUCAGCUUAUGCUGCGAGCUCUGUUGGCGAUUUGUGGAGAAAAACUAACUGGAAGGUUCCUCUCGCAGAACAUUAUGUGUAAGCGAUUGGGUGAGGUAGCACAGAGCGUAAAGCUGGCGAAAGACUCACAUCGUCUGCAGGUUCUAAAGCAAGGCCUAGAGUCGGUCAAUCAGAUGCUUAUCGACAGUCCAACCGUUCUCCCGCUCGAACCCGGGGCCGAAGUGACUGGAGUAGUCGUUCGCAGUUGCAAUUACUUCAAUUCCAAUACACUCCCGCUAAAGAUAAAUUUCGCCGGACCGGAUAAGGUGAUUGUACCGGCCAUAUUUAAAGCAGGAGAUGAUCUACAGCAAGACUCGCUAACAAUACAGAUGGUGCGCAUUAUGGACAAGAUGUGGUUACGGGAAGGGCUCGAUCUAAAGAUGGUCACGUUCAACUGCGUGCCGACUGCGUACAAGCGUGGUAUGAUAGAGCUGGUCUCCGAUUCGGAAACGCUGCGCAAGAUACAGGUCGAAUGGGGUGUUACUGGGUCGUUUAAGGAUAAAUCGAUUGCGGAAUGGCUUGCGAAGCAAAACCCGAGUCAGCUCGAAUAUCAGCGAGCGGUCGAUAACUUUACCCGUUCGUGUGCCGGCUACUCCGUCGCAACGUACAUUCUCGGCAUUUGUGAUAGGCAUAACGAUAACAUUAUGCUCAAAACGUCCGGCCAUCUGUUUCACAUCGAUUUCGGCAAGUUCCUCGGUGAUGCGCAGAUGUUUGGCAAUUUUAAACGUGAUCGAACUCCAUUCGUACUAACGUCCGAUAUGGCGUAUGUGAUAAACGGUGGCGAUCGGCCCUCGGCAAAGUUCCAUCAGUUCGUGGAUCUGUGCUGUACCGCUUUUAACAUCGUUCGGCGACACAGUGAUCUACUGCUGCAUAUGUUUGCGUUGAUGACAACGUCAGGAAUUCCGGGAGUUACGGUAGAGGCGGUCAACUACGUCCGAAACGCAUUACUUCCCGGACAAUCAAAUCCGGAAGCAGCGGCUACGUUUGCGAAAAUGAUACACAUAUCGCUCAAAUCGUGGUUUACGCAGUUCAAUUUCUUCCUGCACAACAUCGCCCAGAUGAAGUUUUCGGCCGAAACGGGCGAUGGAGAAUUGUUGAGCUUUAUUCCUCGUGUUUAUACAAUGGCACAGGAUGGCCGUCUCAAGACGGUUUACGUACACGGGUUUCAGAAACGAUACGAUCAGGAAAAGUAUUACACAUACAUUCUGCGGGUGGAACGACAACAUCAGCCGGAUGCAGCCUAUCUGUUUCGCUCGUACAAGGAAUUUUGCGAGUUCCAUCAGAAGCUCUGCGUGCAUUUCCCGCUAGCCAAAUUGCAUAGUCUGCCCUCCGGCAUCCAUGUCGGUCGCUCGAACGUGAAAGUGGUCGCCGAACGUCGUCUUCCAGAGAUACGCCAGUUUCUCAUUUCGUUGUUUAACUCGGCAGAUGAAAUUGCACAUUCCGAUCUAGUUUACACCUUCUUCCAUCCACUGUUGCGCGACCAACAGGAAGCUGACAUAAAUUCGGCCAAAGUUAAAGGUAUACCGGCAGCAAUGGAAGAUGGUCAACCACCGCAGGUUGGUGGUAAGAUAAAGAUUUCAAUGCAAUACCACCGGGACACGCUGAUCGUGAUGAUUCACCAUGUGCUCUCGCUGCCAAACACGCCCGGUGGUCAGCCACCGAACACGUACGUAAAGGUGUACCUCAAGCCGGACAGCUCGAAAGCGACCAAGCGCAAAACCAAAGUGGUGCGAAAGAACUGCAAUCCUAGCUUUAUGGAAACGUUGGAAUAUCGACUCCCGCUCGAGUUUAUCCAGAAGAAGGUGCUGCAGGUGACGAUCUGGUCGCACGACUCGCUGCAAGAGAAUGCAUUCCUCGGUGGCGUUGAGCUACCGCUUGCCGAAAUAGAUUUACGGCGCGAAACGGUACAGUGGUAUCAGCUCGGUUACCUGUCGCGCGUCUAAGCCGGG